GACAACAACAACAACAACAUUCCAGGUGAACAAGAUUUUGAUUUUUCUUCUUUCGUUUGAUCAAAGGGAAAAAAACUGGCGCAAUGAUUUUACUGUUAUCAAAACAUUUUCCAUUUAUCAUUAUCAUCAUUACAUUGAGUAUUAUCAUCGAAAAUUCGGAAUGUUUCAGCAACCACGAAACAACAACAAACAGUCCGGAUAUUACGACAACGAUCAAUUCGAAUGAAAAUCUACUUGAUGAUUUGAGAAGUUUUAUUCUUAAUCUGAAACAACAAAAUCCAAUUGAAAAUGUAUCAAAUGUUACCGAUAAACCGAUAAUACCAGACGAUCCACCAUCAAUAGAAAUUGAAACAACAAAAUCACCAUUAUCGCCAUCACCACCACCUUCGAUUCGUCGAAGAUUUCGUCGACCAAUGUUACGAAAAAUAUCGUCAACGAAUGCAACAGAACCGAUAAAAAUCUUUAAUGGAUCAAAUGGUUCGAUUUUACAACCAUCAUCGAUUUCGAAUGUAACACGAAGAAGAAGGCUAUUUUUGCGUCGACCAACAACAACUAUUUCGACAAUCACUACAACCGAAUCACCACCAUCCACUUCCAUGAUAACUUUGGACGAAAUCUUAGAGCAAACAAUAACCGAAUCGACAACAAUGACCCCAGUAUCCACCACUGUAAGUCAAGCGAUAACUACCGAUGAUGACGAUGACCAAGCCAUGAUGACCACCCCCAUCACCACCACCACUGCCGUUCCAACAAAAAGACCGAAAAAAAUUUGCAACGAUAUCGAUACGAAAUGUAAUAAUCACAAUACAAUACUGACAUCGAAAACAAUCAAUAAUAGCAGGAAAAAUUCAACAACAAGAAAAAAUACAAAAAACUCAAAUAGGUCACGUAAUCGAACGGCAAAAAUAACAACGAAAAAACGAAAUGGAAAACAAAUCUCAUCAUCAACAUCAACAACAUUGCCAAAAACAUCAACACAGACAACAACUACAAAGAAAAAGAAAAAGAUUGUUGCCCAACAAAUUGUAAAACAACAACAACAACAACCACAAUGUGAAAUGGUUGUAUGCGAAUUACCAUGUUAUAUAUUCAAAACUGGAUUGGAUUCUUGUCCUGAAUGUAGUUGUCCGGAUCCGAAUCUGGAUCGAAUUCAAUUUAUUGCAACAAGUAGUUUUGAACCGGCCUUUCGUUUAGCAAAUAAACGAAAUCAAUCUUCAGUUUUUCGUUUGAAUUGAUGUUUUUUAUUCGUUUGUUUUUUAUUUGUUUGUUCCAAUAUUAAUAUAUAUGAUGUUUUUCUUCUGUAU